AUGGGGUCGCCACCGAGCCCCACGGAGUUGGGGCAGCGUCUGGUAUGCGAGCCAUGGGAGUUCAUCGAGACGACGCUCCCGCAGGGGGGUAAUGUUGCCAUCAGUGAGUCCCUCUUUUCUGUCGGCAACGGGCACGUGAGCGUGCGCGGGUACGCAGAGGAGGCUGAGGCGGCGGCGCCGUACGGCCGCAACGCAAACCAAAACCACAAAGGUGGACGUCGCUCGGAGGACAAGGGGGAGCGCGCAACGCCCGCGGAGGGUGCGCAGUCGCCGGCGCAUGAGUUUCGAGGAACAUACAUCAACGGAGUAUACGAGGAGAGACUGUUGGCACAAAAUCAUAGACGUUUUACCGUCGGCACCUGUGCGCGCGAGUGCUUUCUCAUUCGUGUACCCGACACCUUUUGUAUUGACGUCUUUGUCGGUAGUGAGCACGUUAAUGCGGCGACAGGCGCCAUCCUCUCGCACAGGCGCGUGUUGGACCUUCGCACAGGCGAGCUUCGUCGUCGGUUUGUGUGGCAGUCGACGAAUCAUGGGCGUGAGGUGACGAUUGAGUCCUCCCGCUUUGUUUCCCUCUCGCGCAAAAGCAUCGCCGCCUUGCGGUUGUACGUGACCGCCAAGAAUGUUUCGAAUACCGACAUUCGCGUCGUUUCCCGCACGAUGGUGACGGCGGACGUGCAAAAGCACCUGAAGCUGGAGAACAUUGUCGCCCGGCACACGCUAAUUGAGGCCUCGACGGCGGUGUCCGCGCGGACACGCAACAGCUGCAAGCGACUCGUGGUGGCGGCAACCGAGGCGUGCUGCACCGUCUCCAUUGACCCCGGCUCCUCACCAAGGGCGAAUUUUUGCGGCACGUCUUCCACAACGCCGCCUGCUUCCACACAAGGGGAAGGUUCACUGGCGGGCACCGCUCGCUUCGACCUCACUCCCCCGAGUGCACCACAGCCGCUGCCGCUGCCGCAGCCGCAGCCGCAACCGCAACCGCUGCCGCAACAACAGCAACAACAAAAAUCCUUCACGAUUCUUGCCCCUAAGUGUGCAGAGACAAUUGAGAGCGCCGAGACGAUUUAUACUAGUGUCAUUAGCGAGUCGACUAUGCUGGAAAUUACCAAAUAUGUUGCCUUCCUCAGCGACGAGGAUGCGGCUCCAGAGGAUAUGUGUGAUUUGGCCAUUCUUAAGUCGCGGGAGGCGGCGGGGGUGACGUAUGACGCCAUGCUGGAAGAAAAUCGGAAUCUUGUGGAAAACUUUUGGGAAGUGGCAGAUGUUCGCGUAAGGACGGAUAAUCCUUCGAUGCAGGGCGCGCUUCGUUUCAAUCUUUUACAUCUGUACAUGUCAUUGUCUCGGGCCUAUGUUGUGGAAUCUCCGCCACGUGGGCUGAUGAAUGAAAUUGAUGCUGGUUUGCAUCAGUGGGAUGUGGAUGCCAUUGUUAUUCCCUUCUUUUCGCAUAUACAUCCAAAAACUGCGCGGGCCCUUUUGCAGUUUCGUAUUGAUACCCUACCACAGGCACGAAAUAUUGCGGCAGAUAUGGACCUACCACGAGGCGCGCUUUACCCAUUACGCACCGUGAGCGGGGGAGAGAAUUCGCCAUUGCCGUUCUGUGCGGCAUUUUUAUACAGCAAUGCCGUCAUUGCGUACGCCAUACGGCGCUACAUCCUGGCGACCAAUGACACUGCAUUGCUGCUGCAGGGUGGCGCCGACGUUGUCUUUUCCACGGUACUUAUCUGGCUUAUAUGGGGAACGUGGGACAAGGGGCAGUUCCACAUUCGCUCUGUGGGAGGGCCAGACGAGUACAGUGGCCUCAGUGAUAACAACCUCUUCACGAAUCUUAUGGCGCAAAAUCACAUGCAGUGGGCAGUGCAACUUGCGUUGGAGCUGCAAGAAAAACACCCGCAAGAGUGGGAAGGCCUGAAGGAGCGGUGCCAAAUUACAGACGAGGAUCUUCGCAUGCUUGAGCGGGCUGCUUCUAAAAUGGUGAUUCUUUUUGAUGCCAAAAAUCGUGUUCACCCGGGCGACCAAUUUUUUAUGCGGAAGAAAAAGUGGGGAUUUUGUGAUGUCAAGAAGAAAAGGGGGUUUCUUAUUCAAACGUUUGAUCCUUCCGUGAUUUACCGUCAUCAGGUGUGUUGGACGCCAGAUGUCGUCCUUGCCUCGGUCUUGUUGCCUGAGACGUUUACGGCAGAUGAGCUGCGGGCGGACUACAGCUUCUAUGAACCCAUCACCAGCAACGACUCCUCCCUCAAUCCCAUGAUUUUCAGUGUGGUGGCCUCCCAAUUGGGCAUGAUCGAUAAGGCCAUGCUUCACUUUAAUCGUGCUCUCUUUGUUGACAUUGACAACGUGAUUGAUAACACGGGCCGUGGUCUGCAUAGCGUGGCGGAGGCUGGGUCGUGGUGGUGCUUCGCGGCUGGUUUUGGAGGCAUGCGGAUCCUUCGGGGCGUGUUACACUUCAAUCCAAUUUUGCCGGACGAAUGGGAAGAGUACCAGUUUGCUGUACGGCACAGCGGAUGUCUUGUGCGUGUCCAUGUGGCGCGGCGAGUGGUAACCUACAAGGUGGUCGAAGGCCUCGACGGCGACAGUAAACUGCUUAUUAUUCACUCAGAUACAAAUCGAAUUCAUCUGCAGCUGGGCAUCCCGGCCUCCGUGCGUCUCUACCGCGACGUUCAUGUGUUUGAUUUUGACUGCGUUGUCUUUGACAUGGAUAGUAUUAUUCAGGACGUGGAAGACUACCACUACGAGGCUUGGAAGAAGGCCCUGGAGCCCUUUUUGCGGGAGGCUGUCGGCCACUCCUUCAUGCUCACAGGGGAACUUUACCUUGCCUACCUGAAGCACGACAGGCCCCUCCCUGCGCUUCAACGGUUCCUCGCGAAGCAGGGUGUGAUGGACGUGGCUCUGGGUGACCCGGAGGAUUCGAUGGAGCAGAACACCAUUCACGGCCUCUUCAGACGGAAGCAAGGUUACUUUCGCCAGUGUGUCCGUUACCGAGGUUUGCGGCCGCGUGAGGGCAUCAUAGACGUCCUCUCGGAGCUUCGUCAGAGCGGUAUUUCUGUCGGAUGUGUCACGGUGAGCAAAAAUGGGCAUUGGCUGCUAAAUGAGGCGUCGCAGGGGGUUUUAAUGCUGGACGGAUGUCUCGACGGCGGCGACGGCGAGAAGAUGGGCCUGCGCUGGCGUCCGGAGAUGGACUACUUUUCUUCCAUGUGCAAGCAACUCAACGCCUCCCCCUCCCGCACGGUCAUCGUGAUGGACGGCAUCGACGGCUUCUCGAAGAGCGCCCUAGAGCAGUUCAAGAUGAUCGUAGACGUCGCAAAGGACCCGGAGCCGGUGACCUUGUCGAUCCCGUGCACGAACAUUUCAAAGUUAUCCGAGUUGACACUUACACUCUUGGAUGAAAAGACAGCGAGCGAUUACUCGAUUUACGGCCGCGGCGCAACGUCCCAGCGUGGCUACCCCCGCUCUUCCAACGACAUCUGGGCUAGCUUUGGGGGUGGGACUCUCAAAACAUAA